GUCUAUGAAUGUUCUUUUCUUUCGUUCUGUCCUCCCUUGUUUAGUCUACGUACAAUAAAGUUACCCCCCUUGUGUACAUGUAGUGGGGGGAAUUUAUUUUUAUGUAUCGGUCGUUCUUAUGUAGAGCAGUGUCGUCAGCUGUUAGAUCUGAAUAAGAUAACAGGGCGUUCUUUUUUUCUCAUUAUUUCUUAGGGUAAAAAUAAUAGAAAAUCUAUAUUCAAUUGUGUAGCAUUUGUUUAAUUCAUAAAGUCUGCUUACUUUAAAAUUUCAACUCAGAAGACAAACCACUUGGAACUAAAUAUCAUAAAGUAAAUCUCUUUAAAUGUAGAUCUAUUCUAAUUUCUAUUUUAUUCUUCUGUACUUCUAGAUCUAAUAGUAAAUUGUAUUUUCUGAACCAAAUAUAAAAAGUGUGUUGGCCAAAUUUUUAUUUCAAAUAGUUAUUUGGAAAUAUUGAUUCGAAUGCAGUAUUCUUAAAUUCAACGAAACCUGGCCCUCGUGCCAAUAUUGACCGAGUUUUUGGAUGUUUGACUUCUAUCGAUUUGGCUGCCGUGCUCACAGAGUGUUGUUGGAUAGUCACACAGUGAGCUGUGUUACAAAAUGAAACCGUUACGGCUUUGAAGAUUAACUCAACCGUGUUGCACUAAACCAAUCGGUCAGCUGGUCAGCAGCCUGUGACUAGACACGGUGAAAUAGGAGAAACCAGACAAUGCCCAGGUCACAGUCUAAACACAGUCAGUCUCUAUCAAGUGUGGGUCUCUUAGUGCUAUGGAACAGAAAAAUGCCUUGAUGAAUGACAUGGAAGAGAAGAUCGCCGUGGUGUCAAAGAAGGCACCACGUCGACCGUCCAAUGUGGUCAUAUCGUGGCGAUGUUGGCUCAUCGUGCGUAUCCUGGCCGCUGUGGCCAUCUUUUUGCUCAUCCUUCUGGCCAUAGCCCUGGCUAUAACGGUAGUCAUCAAGACCACUCCCCCGUACUGCCCAAGUGGUCUGGACAACAGCGGGCGGAAUCUAGCCAAGCCUGGGAUAUUUAGUGAUUUAAGCCCAAAGGAAAUGAUAGCAGUCAGAGAUUAUUUGCUGGGUCAAAAGCGCCUGGGUUUAACUCCCUUCGCUUCCGCCACUGUCAACUCCAGUUACAUCUACAUGAUCACUUUGCAAAAUCCACUCAAGGACGCAGUGAUCAAAUUUCAGAAGGGGGCCGAGCGGAAGCCCAGCAGAGCAGCCAAAGUAACGGUUUACAGAGGCAAUACGGAGCCACCUCGCAUCGAUGAGUUUCUAGUAGGACCACUUCCGAAACCCACGUACCAUCGGCUUGUGACAAGUCCAGCCUACCGGCGGGUACCUGUUCCUUUUACCAGCCGCCCCGUAGACGCCAUAGAGAGGGCGCAGUUGAAAUCGUUUUUGUACAAAGUAACAGAAGAGCUCCAUGAUUUGUUUCGAGAAAGCUACGGCUUAACGUAUCACAACUGCACCCCACACAAGGAUUGCAUAAUGUUUGAAGACUUCGCCCCGAGGGGAACAUCAAGUGGGGAGCGGAUGACUUGGUACUGGGCGUACAGGGAAACGGUGGGUUUCUAUCUCCACCCUCUGGGUUUUGCCAUUCAAAUCGAUCAUCACAGCCCAUUCCCUUCGACGUGGACAGUGUCCAGGUUGAUAUACAACGGUCAAUUAUUUUAUGAAAUUGAAGAUCUGGUGGAAAGAUACAAGGAAGGGACUUUGCGUAAAAUCAAGAACAUAAUGGAUAAUGUAGACGCGCAGUUUUCAACAUUUUCCAAAAGAGGUCACCAGUCAUUUGAUUCGCCUCUCAGAGGGCCUCGGCUUAUAGAACCUGAAGGACAUAGAUAUUCUAUAGAAGAUCAGUUUGUUCAAUAUUUCGGCUGGGCCUUUACAUUUCAUAUGAAGUCCACUACGGGUUUACAAAUCAUGGACCUCUACUUCCAGGGUGAGUCUAUCGCCUAUGAGAUCUCUCUCCAGGACAUCACCGCUUUUUACACGGGCUACAGUCCAGAGACGUCUUGGUUGGGUCUCUACGGUCUCUCAUGGCUUCUUGGAGCAUCUUCCUACGAGUUAGUUCCAGGAGUAGACUGCCCAGCCACAGCCACAUUCAUUGACGCCUUUCACUUUGCAAACACGGAUGCGCCUUUGAGAUAUAAGAACUCCAUAUGUGUUUUUGAGCAAACAUCCAGCGUGCCUCUGCGAAGACAUUAUUCCCACUCUAGAGAUGGCAAGUUCCAGUCUUAUGGAGGCCUUGUAGCUAGCAGUCUUGUUGUAAGAACCAUUAUAAGCCUUUGGAGUUGUGACUAUAUUCUAGACUAUGUCUUUCACCUAGACGGUACAAUGGAGAUGAAAAUCUCACUCACUGGCUACAUCCAGGCUUCCUACGAUCUUGCCGGCCAGCGUCCUUAUGGCAACCGCAUUCACAACAGCGUCCGCGGCAAUCUUCAUCAGCACUUGUUUCAUUGGAAGAUUGACCUGGAUAUCGAGUCUCUGGACAACAGAUACCAGACCCUGGACAUGACCACGGAGUUCGACACCAGCUUCUGGUACGAGAGCACCCUGAAUAAAACGCAGCUCAAAUUUCAGGCCAGCCUGAAGGAGGACGAGGCAGGCGCCAGCGUGGCGUACGACUUUGACCAGCCACAACACCACAUCAUCUACAACAUGCUGGAGACUAACAAGUUCGGCACAUCCAGGGGCUACAGGAUCGUCAACAAAGACAUGAGCAAGUUCUUGUUGCAAGACUCAGUGGUGACCAAUGCUGCAUCAUGGGCCAGGUAUCAGAUGGCGGUGACUAAAUACAAGGACACUGAAGACAGCAGCUCCUCUAUCUUCGCCCAAGGAGAUCCUUUCGAUCCAGUGCUUGACUUCUCCAGGUAUCUAGAGGAUAACGACACCAUUGUGGACACUGACAUAGUGGCCUGGGUCACUUCUGGCCUUUACCAUAUCCCCCACGCAGAAGACGUGCCUAGCAUUAGCACCGCAGCCAACCAGUGUAGUGUAAUGCUGAUACCAUAUAACUUCUUUGACCAUUGCCCAAGUAUGGCGGUCAGUGACGCUCUUCUAAUAGGGAAGAAACAAAAAUCCGCUGGCGUGAAUGCUGAGCGAGUGUUUAAUUCAUUUGGAACAGACAUUAGUGAACCAAAGUGUUACCAGAAAGAGACCAGUACACGCAGUUUCCAUGGUGAUGUAGAAGCUGCAGAAGUUUAGGUAUUUCUUAGAAUGUAUUUAGAGUUUACUUAUUCAUCCAUUCCUCGUAAAAUAUUUUGUUUACUUGCUUCACGUUUUGUAAAUAAUCCAAUCCUUUUUAUGUUGCUAUGAGUUUAUUUAUGUGUAAUAUUAUAUAGAUCUAAUUAAUCGGGCGGCAAACAGUGCAUAUAUUAUAACAUUUUUUUGGUAGAGUGUGAUUUAGCAUUUAGUUAUUAGUUUAUGCAAACGUAGAUAAGCAAAAUUUUAAAAACUUAAAAGUCAUUAGUUCUUCUUUAGGUAACAUGGAUUUGAAAACCAUAAUCGUCCUCCUUAAGUUGUUGCCAUUUCUGGUUGGCCAUCAAUAAAUGGGUGAUCCUAAUUAACUAAACAGUUCUACUAAAGGGAUGAUGGGCAUGAAAUUAGUUCAUGAAUCCUACUAAAUACCCCCACACACACAAUUAAUAAAUAAUCUCCCUAGAGUGAUCUUAUCGUAUGAAAUGUAGACGUUACUUCAAAGAAGAAGAUGAUUACAGCAACCAAUUCCAUGGAUUAAUAGCACUACGGAAGAAGGAGCAUUUGUACAAAUUAGUCCUAGCAUAUGGAACAAGGAAUGUGCCUACAUCUUUGUGUCUUUCUGAGUAUUUUAUUAUGUUUUGUUUUUGUAUUUGAAGAUUAUGGUUCACUGUUUUAUGUAUAAUUGCUACUUUACUUUUAAGUCUUCUAUUCUGAAGACUUUCUAAAUUUAGUGAUUUUACUAAAGGUGUUACUCUAGUCAAAUGUGAAUAUUCGUUUGUUAUGAAUCUCACUGCUCUAUUUUGUGACUGCUCCAGUUUCAAAUGUUUUCUUAAGUUGAAGGGGUUCCAAACAGAGGAUGCAUAUUCUAUUAUUGGCCUAACCAAGGUUAAAUAACAUUUUAGUUUUAUGUUCUUAUUUUAUUUGUACUAAUUUCCUUUAAUAAACCCUAAUGCUUUGUUUGAUUUUUAAAUAGUUUUUUCGUCAAUAUGGGGAUUCCAUGAUAGGUUUUCAUUUAUUAUAACACCUAGGUAUUUUUCAUUUUUAGUCUGUGUUACUGGUUUACCAUGAAUAAGAUAAGUUCUUAUUAAUAAGUGAUUCUUAAUAACUGACUAGUUCAUCUAAAUCACUGGCUCCCUUUCAAUGGAUUGUCCCAAAUUUUGAAUGUAAGCCAAUGACAGUAAUAGAUAUCUAUCUUUUGAUUUGUCAUUUUAUUACAUUGAAGGCACAAAUAUAAAGGCAUAUUUCUUAUCACAUAUGCUAGGACAAAUUCAUAUAAGUUCUCUAUCUUUCCUAGUGUCAUUAGAUCAUGGAAUGGGUUGCCUGAAUCAGUCAGGAAAACAAAUGACUUUGUAGAGUCGAAGUCUCAAAUUAAUAAGCAAUACUAAGUUAAUACAUAUAUAUGCGUAAAAAAAAAAUUUAGUUCUGUCUUUCAGACUUUGCAAUCUAUGAGGCAGAUGAUGUAAAGGUCAUCUGUUUCUGUGGCCCACGGUUAAUGAGGGUGUCAUGAGGCCAGCACAAUGACCAACCACCUUUACUAUUCCCUAUAUAUCGCAAAGGGAAACUUUGCUUACUUACAAAGUAAAAAUGUAAGAAAAUGAAACUAGGGAAAAAUGGGAGUGAUUGCAAAAUAAAUAUAUUACUAUUUAAUUAUAUAUAUAUAUAUAUAUAUAUAUAUAUAUAUAUAUAUAUAUAUAUAUAUAUAUAUAUAUAUAUAUAUACACACACACACACACAUGUUCGUUUGCUUGUUAGUCAUGAUUGAAAUGUUCUACUCCUGUACAUCCAAUUAUGAAAUAAUUAUUUCAAAUUAUGAUAGGCAUUACCAGCUGUAUGCCUAGUAAUGAUAGGGUGUAAUUAGCCCACAGACCCCCUUGUUGUGAGGCUGGCAGGUCUGUGGUGAGCUGAACCCUCAAUGAAGACAUCGUGCUCAGUCAUUGUUAGACCCCUCGUGUGUGGAACACAGUUCUAACACAACAUAGACAUGGUAGUUAAAUAGAGACAAAACUUUUUCAGUUCCUUAUAGAAACCAGAUCAAGAUCAAUUUAUCAUAGUUAAGUGAUAAUAAUAAUUAUAGCUUUUAUAUAGCGCUACUUUCUUGCUUAUAGCAUGCUCAGAGAGCUAUCGUCCAAUCUCAUUUGUG